AUGGUCGAAAUACUCAAAAUCGAAACAACAACAAUACCAAUAACAACAACAACCAUACUCAUUCUCCUCAUCCUACCUCCUCCUCUGCCUAUUCUUCUGUCUAUUCUUCUCCUUCGGCGUCUUCUUCUCCAGCUCCUUCCCGUCGCCACACUCGUUGUCCCCAGACUGGCAGGGUGAGCCCGCUCACUCUGGCAGCCUGGAAUGUUCGUUCCCUUCUAGACAAUCCGAAGAGCCACCGACCGGAACGUAGGAAAGCACUAGUGGUUCGGCAACUGGCGCGCUACAAGGUGGACAUCGCAGCACUCAGAGAGACCUGAUCCUCCGAACAAGGCCAACUGGGGGAGGUAGGUGCCGGCUACACCUUCUUCUGGAGUGGUCGGCCCAGGGCAGAGCGAUAAGACGCGGGGUCGCCUUCGCCAUCCGGAACGACAUCGUGGGACGACUACCCUGUCCGCCGCAAGGCAUCAAAAAUCGCCUGAUGAGCCUCCGCCUGCCUCUCCGGGGAGGUUGAUUCGCCACCAUCAUCAGCGCCUACGCUCCGCCGAUGAGCAGACCCGACGCCGCUGCAAGAGACAAAUUCUACGAGGAUCUGCACGCCCUCUAGAAGACUAUGUCGACGGUGGACAAGUUGAUUGUCUUUAGUGACUUCAACGCUCGCGUCGAACAGACCAUGCUGCCUGGAGAGGAGUGCUGGGUCCCCAUGGUCUCCGCGGUUUCAACGACGAUGGUCUGCUCCUUCCACGCACCUGCGCAGAACACCGACUCAUCUAGACGAACAUCUUCUGUCUGUCGGAGCGAGAGAAGGCCACCUGGAGGCAUCCUCGGUCACGUCAGUGGCACCUGCUGGACUACGUCCUCGUCCGGGGGCGAGAUCGGCGGGACGUGCUGGUGACAAAGGCGAUCGCGGGUGCUGACGGGUGGACCGACCAUUGUCUCGUCAUCUCGAAGAUGCGUAUUCGCCUACAGACCCGCAGGAGACCACAAGGUAAGCGACCCACAGGUAAGCUGAAUGUUGCCUUGUUGUCUUUGCCCGUUCACCCUCUCCAUUUCAGCAAUGUGCUAGCUCAACGGCUAGGCAGCCUUCCAGUCGUUGCCGCCGCUUCUGCUGCUGCUGAGAACGCCUCCGUGGAGAACCGCUGGUGUAAACUGCGGGACACGGUCCAGUCGACGGCGCUGGCCGUCCUUGGUCGCGCACGCCGCCAACAUCAGGACCGGUUCGACGACAACGACGCCGUCAUCUGAAAUCUGCUUGCCGAGAAGAACUGCCCACACAAAGCCUACGUAGACCACCCCACUGACAACAACAAAGCUGCUUUCAACCGCAGUCGCCGCCUCCUAAAACAGCGAAUGCGCGAGAUGCAGGACGCCAGGACGGCUCGCAAGGCUGACGAGAUCCAAAGGUAUGCGGACCGCAACGAAUGGAAUAGCUUCUUCUCCGCGGCCAAAGCUGUCUACGGUCCGCCGACCGAAGGCACUGCUCCUCUCGUCAGCACCGAUGGCAGCACUCUCCUGACUGAGAAGACAAAAAUUCUACAGCGAUAG